UGUAAUACUCAGACUUUCAAGGCUUAUUUUAUAGUAAACCUGGCACCCUCUUGGGUUUAUAUCAGUAACCUGAUAUGGAGCUUGCAGCUGUUAUGUGAAUUUAUAGUUCAUUCAUAUCCUAAAGAAUACCAAAUCAAUAGUCAUUCAGUUGCCAUAAAGCACGUACAAGCAAGAGUGUUUCCUGCAGGAUUUUUUUUUCUUUUUAUGGUUUCCAGUCACAUCAGCAUGUAAGUUUCCCAGCCUGGUGAUGUGACAGCACCUUUGCCUCCGGAGUUGCCCACCUUCACGAGUCAGCCGUGGAACUCCGCCCACUCUUACUCACUAUUUAAAUCCACAAUGUCAGCAGGCGCUCAGCUUCACACUGGAAAACUUGAUCUUGACCAGCAACACGUUUGGAUCCAUGGGAGGGAAAAAAACAACCCGUGCUUACAACUAAAGACAGAUCCUGAGCUGGGAAAUUAGCAAGGAGCUUUCAUCUCCACUGCCAAGUUUGGAUAUAAAAGAAAAAAAAACCCAGCAUCAACCCUUUUCUGGAUCAUCUUCCACUUUAUCAUUAUUAUCAUUUUUUUUUUCUCCCACUCUUGGGAUUUCAACUUCGCCCCGUCCGUGUGGUCGCCCCCCCUCUUUUCCAGAGAGGGUGCGAAGUGAAAAAGUUGGCCCGGAGAUGCGGUCCCUUCUCCCGCUUACUGUGUAUUGCAUCAGCCUGGUUUCCCUCCAGCAGCUGCUGGCACUGCCGGCAGAGGAGCGUCCCGACAGGAACAGGUUGGACCUCCUCCACAAUCUUGAUGACCAGAGAGGGGAUAGAGCCUCAGCGUCAGGAAGCCAGACCCACAUCACUGUCCCAUCGCCAGUCCCCAGCCAAUCCCCAAAAUGGCUGCCUGGUUUUAUGAGACACCAGCCGGCUUCAGGAGUGAGGACAGCCUCGGCAAGCCUGGCAUGGGCACGACCUGCUGAGGCUUCACAGAUCGAGAAGAGGGCACUGAGAGCUCGUCGCCAUGCCCACUCAGGAUCACGAGGUGGCCACCACCAUGCCCAGCUGAUGAGAGUGGGCUGCGUCUUGGGAACAUGCCAAGUGCAGAACCUCAGCCAUCGGCUCUAUCAGCUCAUUGGUCAGAGUGGCAGAGAAGACUCAUCCCCCAUCAACCCCAGAAGCCCCCAUAGUUAUGGAUGAGUCGGUUUAUACCCCCAAAUCCCACAGCAAGUCUAUCUAUAUAUUCUUUUAUUUAUCUCUUUAUGUGCUAGUGGUAGCUGUUGCAUUAGAGUUGAUGUAGUCCAUUUGUUAUCGAUCUCAAAAUGACAAUUAUACUCCUCUUAAAUUGACUGUUGUGCGUCUCUUUAUACUCACUGAUGGAUUUGAGGAUUCAAAUCAUUUUUCAACUGAUUGAAUCUUCUUCAGUACCCCUCGUUUGAGUUCUCCAUCCUGAGAACGCAUUUUUGAAGGAAGUUCAAGUCUCGUCAAAGUCUUUUUGGUUCUCCCUCCUGAAUGCCAAAAGAAGCCAAGAGGCCUCAGUUUGACGUCCUAAUCCUGUUAAUGUAAGAAUGAAGGCUUGUCCUCAACACCAUUCAAUGGCCUGGCCCCGUCAGCCAACUGACCCCCCCCCACCUCCUCCAGAGGUGGUUAUCCCGUGGCUCAUUGAUCAAACACUUAAGCCCUUAAUGUGGAUUUCAAUGUGCACUCAGAGCCGGAAUCCUGUCAAAACCAAUGUAUUCCCAAAGACAGCGAAAAACGACCCAAUGAACCCUUUCACCUCUUUUUUGUUGCCCCCCUUUUGUCAAGUUUGGAACUCCCAGGUCGUUCCACAACUGCACAUAUAAUUUCAAUACAAACAUCCCUGGAGCAGUCCACAAGCUUUCCAUUGAACUGGGAAUUCAUCACACAGCGGGACUUUGUGUUUCAGGACCACAGUUUACAUGAGAACCCAGCCGCAGCAUCUUGGGUUACACCCGAGUUUAAGAACACUCUGGGUCAGGACUCUACUACAUAAACUCUACGCUGAAAAUGAAAAAGAAGAGGGGUCAGCAUCCAGUGACUUGGAAGGAAUCUACACAGAAACUGACCUCCCAAAGGAUCAGUUUCAAUGUUGCAUUAUAGUGGCCAAGACAGUAGGUGGCAAAGUGAACCUUAGAGCCAUGAAUCAGGGCUCCGGCGCACUGCUGCUGGCAUUUUCCCCACGGGAGGCCAAGUCUGAAAUAUUAGCCCUUUCACGUGAUUCAUGAGUUCCCCUUGCAAGUCAGGACUCUGGGUGACAGCAGUUUAAUAAACCUGACCUAAUCACUUCAGUCAUAUGUCCCGCCUCAGCAGGGGAGUGGGGCCCUGAGCCUCCCAUGAUCUGCACAUUCAACACUAAUAAAGUGCAAGGCAUGUGGCAUCUACACAUAUACACAGAUGGAGUCUUGCUGAUAUUAAGGGGUUGGUUCACCAAAAAUACAAAGAAAAACCCAACAAUCUACCCUUAUUUCUGCGGCAUAUUUGGGGAAAAAAAAGAAAAGUUUUCUUGUUCUGUGAGGAGCACAGUCAAACGUCCAUUCACCUUCCUGUAGAAAUCUCAGACACAUAUCUUGGGCAAAUAAAACCAAAAGCAACUUUGCUCAGGUAAGCCAGGAAAUGGGGUGGGUUCUUAUGCAAUUUUGUUUGACCAACCCUUUAAAUGGUUUUGUGCCAGAAACAAAACAAAUCGGCUUUUUUUUUUUUUUUUUUUUUUUUUAAACAAAAUAAUCACACUGCUGAUGCUUUAUAGCAAGGGGUUAAUCUAGUAAAGUUGAGUGAUACAUUUUAAUUUCAAUUUAUUGUGAAAAUAAUCAGCAGAUACAUCGAUAAUGGAAAUAGCAGCCCUAUUCGAAAAAAGCCCUUUUAUAUAGAGAAAUUAGCAUUGUCUUGGAGUGUUCUUGCUCCCUUGUUUUGGGGCAUCAUCUUAUACGAUUAAGAAACAAUAAAAGUUUUUUUUUUUUUUUUUACCCAUACUUCACAUGUUUGAAGGUCAUUAUGGGGCUCUCAAUUCACCGGUAAAAAUCAAAAUCUGCUUAUUAAAUACCUGAGAUAAAGUGACGAACGGUAAUUUUGAGGAAGAAUGAAUGAAUACAGGUCAACUAUUUUCUGUAGGCAAUGCUUGCCAACACAUUAUAGCAUAAACAUGAUUCUGUUGCCGGCAGCAGCACCCUUGUUGUUCGCAUGUGGUAUGUUAAAAUGGGUUUAAGUUAGUCCUGAGAUGACGGCUUAAAGCUCGACUGUUACAUUGCGGGUUUUCUAAUGAGAGACCACAGUGACCAAAAUGUUUGGUGUAAGAGUGCCCAUAUUCAAAUAUGUACUGGAAGCCUUAGUGGCAAAUCAAAAAUACAUGCCCCGAUGUUUCCUUCUCUCUAAAUAUGUCUGUCCCUGAAAUGGUGGGCGGAUGAUGGACUGAGAAUAACUGAGGUCAAGUCCUGCUCAACGAGCCUUAAACUAAAAAAAAUGCAACUGUUGCUAUAAAACACAAUUAUACUACAUAUUAUUUACAUACUUCAACACUUCUAUUUCGAGACUUUACUAUAUGGUAGCCUGAUCUUAGCUUGCAGAGAGUGGGUGUGUGUGAUAGUAGGAAUACAGUUUUCUGCUUUAUGUGCACAGUCAUUUAGAUGAAUUGUACAAUCAGAGCAGUGUUGUAGCCUUUCUUAUAUUGCAUUUCAUUUUACAAAUAUGAAAGUUUGGUAUUCCUAUGAGCCUGAUAGUUUAUGUUCACCAAAUACCUGGCAAUACUUGACAAAUCAAAUGACUUUACAGGGUGAUCUGCAUCAUAUAAUAAUGUUUCCUUUCAUAUCUCAGUCUGUGUUGUGUUGAUUUUACUCUGUGUCUCUAUUGUUUCUAAUCAACAGUUUCUUUUUAUAUUCAGACUUUCAGCCCCAUCCUGGCUCUCUUCUCUCUUCUGUCUGUAAUCAUGGGGGCCUUGAGGUCAAAGGAUAAUAAUCAGUGGUUCUUUAGUCUUGAAUCUAAUCUGUUCAAAGGCUUGCUGAGGUGAAACAUGCCAUUCUCUCCGCUGUAAUAGAGCUAAUCAGUGUCUCGUGACGGAUCAUUAAAAGGCUUUUCAAACGCUCUGAAACCCGGGUGGAUCUCUCUGCUUUAUAAAAUGUACUAAGUCACCCACACACGCAGAAGGUUUGUGCGUAUGUGUUUGAGCCGCUGUGCGUAGCCUAACAGGACACUUAUCUCCUAUGUUUGAUCUGUGGUCUGGACCAUUGUGCUCCCACUCUUUUUUUUUUGUUUUUUUUUGCGCAGUUUGUUUUUGUGACGUCAAGACGUGGCGUCACGUCAAGUUCUGUGAGCAAACUGCGCACGACCGCUAAUACCUCCCCAUAGAAACAUCUAGAGCUUUCAUGGCAUUCUCUUGCAAUGAGGAAUGAGAGCAGACUUAACGUAUGAAAUGUUUCUGUUAGUUGUGUACGAUAGAGUGGAUGCAGGUAGAUCUCAUUAGGUUUAUUUAUGCCGAUUUUUUUUUUUUUUCCAUUUGAACGUCACAUGAUCUCCUUUAGGGUCACCGGAAAGCACUUUAACACAAACACACGUAUUGAUAGUUUCGUGAAUUUCACUCAUUAUGAUGAACUUGUGAAAAAUUAGAUGAGGUUUGUCUUUUAAAUGUUGCAUUUGAGAUUGUCUUUGAAGAUGUCAGUGCACUCCAUGUGGCGUCAGGAUGUCUGUGAACGUCGUGUGCACCUGUGAAUAAAUAUAUAUAUAUUUAGCCAAACUAUUUAAAGAAAGUUAUGUAUUUAAGUUAUCUUUGUAUGUUAAUUUCUGUAUGUCACCAAAGACUAUUUAUCUCAUCUUUUCCACUGUUCCUCCAACAUGACCUCAAGGUCAGAAAGGAGGUCUUAACUGUAGAUUAAAUGUUACUGUUUGAUAAUGUCAUUCCCUCUGUAAAAUAAAGAACUAUACUGUA